GGUCUCUCUUCCUUUUGAUGACCGUCUCUGCCAAUGGUUUGGCUCGCCCUGCCUUGCAGAGCAGAUAAGGCGUCGCCGAUCUUGAGCAUCGUGCUUGGAUACUUUGUAUACUAACGACACUAGAACCGUCGGGCAUCACUAGGACUUGGACUUGCGAACCGUUCACUUGAAGCCGCAAAUAGUCUCCCACAGGCAGUAUAGACAGAGACUCAACCCUUGUACCUCAGGAUAUCCCUGUCUGACGCCGUACAGAAACAAAGAGUGAUUGCAAUGCCGCACGUCGUGAUCCUUGGAGGCGGAAUUAUCGGUCUAUCGACCGCAUACUACCUCUCAACACAAUCUCAACACACAUCUUCGCCUUCAUCCACAAUCACAACCACAACCGCAACCACACCCCCAGAUUCUCACGACACCUCGCGUUCACGUCUCCAAAUCCAUAUCGUUGAACCCUCACCAACACUCUUCGCCUCUGCCUCCGGCUACGCCGCUGGAUUUCUUGCCAAAGACUGGUUCGCACCCUCCGUUAGUCCUUUAGGCGAGUUCAGUUUUAAUCUGCAUAAACAACUUGCGGAGGAAUGGAGUGGAAGGGAGAGAUGGGGUUGGUCGGAAAGUGUUGGGUGGAGUUUGGAUCGGUCAAGUGAUGAGGAGAGUGGGAGCAGUGCAAGCAGUGAGGCAACAGACGAGGGAACGACGGCGACGAGCAUACAGAGUGGAAGUCUCGAUAGCGCAGGGAGUAGUGGAAGUGGUACGACAAGCGAUGCUUCUAUUAUUGCGGAUGAACCUAGGACAGAUCUGGAUUGGCUCAUGAGCGGGUCAAGUCGUACCACGCUGCUCACCGAUUCUCAGGCGCAACGGAUGGACAUGGCGGAAGUCGCAGAUGACAUCGGAGAAAACGACGAGCAUCCUGUGUGGCUGCGUGUGAAACGGGAUGCGCUGCAGCAGAUUUCAGAGAGGUCGACAACGGGGCAAGUUGAUCCCCUGAGACUUUGUCAAUUCUUACUGGAACGGUGCCUUGCCAACGGCGUCAUCUUGCACCAUCCUGCAAGAGCCCUGAAGCUCAUCAAAGCUCAUCCACAAGACCCCAACUCACCCACUCUCAUUAGACUCGAAGUGACUUACUCUGACGCGGGCGAAAGAAACCAAAGCAGUGAAUCAUCCCAUGUUGACUCGGAAUGGUCAUCGUUACCUUCUCCCCAUCCAACUGGGAGAAGUGAGUUAGGUUCGGUGGGGGGCUCGGGUGGAUAUUCGGCACAAUAUUUCAGAGGACCAGGGUCAUCUUUCGGAUCUAGUCAAUCGUCUGGUAUGAGCGUCGGCAGUUGGCUUGCAAGUGGCUUUGGACAUAGUAAUACGCCUCACCCUAGUUUAUCGGGCGCAAGGGACUCUUCGUUCGGCUCAAACGAUUUUUCUGCGGGUCGUCCACCAAGACAUCAUGCAAGGAAUACCUUGGGAAAACGAUUUAGGACUGUAGAGAUUCUUUGUGAUAGUCUUGUCAUCGCAGCGGGUUGUUGGACUCCUAGGGUCUAUCAGACAUUGUUCCCAAAUGCCAUAAGGGUCCCACGGGUAUCGUCGUUGGCGGGAUAUUCUGUUGUGCUUAAAUCCAGACGGUGGCCUCGUCCUGUGGGCCGUUCUAGGGUUGCAGCACUGGCAACAAUAUCUGGAUCGUCUACAUCAGGCGGAUUAGCUACGACCAUUCGCGAAGAGGACAGGUCCGAAGAUAUUUCCACAAAUACUCCUACCCAGGUACCUGCAGGCGUAUGCCAUGCCGUCUUCACCUCGGACUCAGCUGGAUUCUCGCCAGAGAUUUUCUCUAGGACAGGAGGGGAUAUCUGGGUGGGUGGAUUGAACUCUUCCACGCUUGAUCUUCCCGCAUUACCCAGCGACGCACGAGGAAUGAUGUCGCAAAGCUCCAUUCGCACAUUAACAGACGUAGCCAAGAGAUUGUGUGGAAACGAGGUCGAAGUUAUUCGUGAGGGUUUGUGCUUCAGACCUGUUACUUCGACGGGAAAACCGAUCAUUGCCAAGAUGCGUGAAGUGGAUUUAGGUGAGGGUGUGAAGCUGGGUGGGGGUGUUUAUGUGGCCGCGGGACAUGGUCCGUGGGGGAUUAGUUUGAGUUUGGGGACGGGAUAUGUGGUGAGUGAGAUGGUUCUGGGGAAGGAACCCAGUGUGGAUGUGAGUGCUUUGAGUAGGUGGGAGGCGCAGGUAGAGUAGGGUUUUCUUCCUUGUAUAUAUCUGACAAUGUUCGCCUGGUAGUGAGAAUUGGCCACGAUGUAUAGUAGCCUACUUAGGAAUGGUGGCUCGUGAUAUCU